UAUGUCUUUCAAAAGUCCUGAAGAAGAAGAAAAAGAGGUUUUCUCAAAUGAUAAUCAUAGUUCUGAUUAUUUUCAAGUAGUACCUACUACAGAAGAUACUGCAAGUUUGUUAGAACAAGAAACAGAGGAAAAUACAAGUGAAUUAUCAGUUGAAGAGCAACCCAUAUCAAGCAAUCCUUUUUUUACUUUUAUUUUAAAAGCUCUACGGGUGUUAGUCAUGUCUGUUUUUAGAAUAUUUUUUGUGCCGACAGUCCAAAAGGCAUUUGUCAAAACAACCAUCUUUGCAAUUACAAUUGUAUGGAUUUUUGUGAGUAGUCUGGCUGCAUAUAUCUUGUUUUAUCAUCGCUAUGUACCACCUAUCACACAUGUACAACCUAUUUGGUUUCAAUACAGCAAUAAACCAACGAUAGGUCCUAGUGCGCUUAUAGACAUCACUUUGAGUAAACCUACGACAUUGAGACAUGAACAACUAUAUGAAGUUUCCGUACAGUUACAUAUGCCUACUUCAGACAUCAACUUUGAUAUUGGGAAUUUCAUGGUGACCGCCGAGCUUCAGACAAGAAAUGGGUUGAUUAUAUCAAAGUCUAGUCGGCCAGGGAUUUUGCGCUAUCAGUCAAGACCCCAACGAUUGAUGAGGGUUGCUACCAAAGCUAUCCCUCUCUUGAUGGGUCUAUCUGAAGAAAGUCAGGUGAUUACAAUCAAACUCAUUGAUGAAUUUAUGGAGCACAAGACACAAGCUGUCCAUAGUGUCUACGUUUCGUUGUCAGAUCCAGUUAUUCAGGUCUAUAAUGCAAAGCUACUUAUACUUGCAAAGUUUAGAGGCCUCCGUUAUUACAUGUAUUAUCAUCGAGUGAUCACAGCAGUGGCCUUUAUGUUUACAUUUGCUGGUUUAGAACUUGUCUUUGCUACAAUUGCAUGGAAAGGAUUUGGCGAAGCCUUGUGGCAUCAGUUAUCUGAUCUUUUUCAAGAAAAUGAAAACACUAGUUUAGAAGAUGCUGACAGUGAUAAAAGCUCUUCUGAAUAAAAAAUACCAUUUCAAAGUAUUCGAUUUGCAAAAAAAAAAAAAAAAAAAAAAAAAAA